AUGACCUCUAGCUCGACGGGAGAUCGAAGAUGGGGCACUACCAGAAGAAGUGGCAUGACUGUAUUAGGAAAGGUUGCUGUUCCAAAACCCAUAAACUUACCAAGCCAAAGGUUAGAGAAUAAGGGCCUUGACCCAGAUGUGGAAAUUGUUCCGAAGGGAACCCUCAGCUGGGGAAGCAAAUCAUCGCUGAAUGCAUGGGGUUCAUCGUCGUUGUCACCGCAGACUGAUAGUGGGGCUGGUUCGCCAACCCACUUCAGUAAUCGCCCUUCAUCUGGUGGAACUGGCACACGACCAUCAACUGCUGGUAGUGAUAAUGCGCAUGACUCUUCCAGUGCAUGGAAUUCAAACUCUCGGCCGUCAUCAGCAUCUGCUGUAUUACCAUCUACUCAGAUAUCACUUGCUUCACAGCGUCCACAUAGCGCGGAAACAAGACCUGGGAGUUCCCAGUUAUCCCGCUUUGCUGAAGCUGGACCAGAGAAUUCAUCCUCAUGGGAAGCAUAA